AUUUCAGAAAAUUCGAACAAAUGUUAACAAAAACCUUAAACAUCUUACACACUUCAAAUAGACUAUAACUAAACUUAUUAAAGUUAAGACGUUAAGCGCGACACGAAAAAAAAAUCAAAAAUACAAAUGAAUUAAAAAAAUAAUAAUAAUAAAAUAAAUAAUUACAAAUAUACUAACACAUAAAAAUAAAAAUUAUGUCUACUUUGGAAAAUCAUACAGAUUUUCAAAAAACAAACGAAUUACAUACAAAUGUCGAUACGCACUUUAACGGUUCCACCGAAUUUAUAUUAAUAACCGAUCAUCAAACAUUGAAAUCUCGCAGUCGUGAACAAUUAGAUGCGAAAUCGCAUGAUCAUGAAAGUUAUUUGCAGUCAUGUGUGAAAAGUGUUUUUCGCAAGAAAAUUCUUUACAAACGUUUGCCAAUUUUAACAUGGCUGCCGAAAUACAGUGCCGCAGAUGCUAUCGGUGAUCUGAUAGCUGGUAUUACGGUCGGUCUUACCGUAAUACCUCAGGGUUUAGCUUAUUCAAGUGUUGCCGGUCUUCCCACGCAGUUUGGUCUAUAUGGCGCUUUUAUGGGUUGUUUUGUCUACGUCCUACUCGGUACUUGUAAAGAUAGCACAGUGGGUUCUACUGCCAUUGCGUCCCUAUUAACGUAUCAAGUCGCUCGUGGUGUUUGGCAAAGAGCUGUCUUGUUGGCAUUUCUCACCGGUAUUAUUGAAAUAUUAAUGGCAGUAUUUCGAUUAGGAUUUUUGGUGGACUUUGUAUCGGGACCUGUAAGUGCUGGUUUUACUAGUGCUGUUGCAUUAAUUGUUUCUACGUCGCAAGUGAAAAACAUAUUGGGUGUGAAAAGUGAAGGUGGCUCAUUUCUGCAACGAUGGAUUAGUAUGAUAAAUGAUAUAGAAAAUGUACGCGUGAACGAUGCCAUCUUGGGCUGUUGUUGUGUUAUAAUUCUAAUCAUUUUAAGGGCGAUUGGACGUGUUAAAAUAGGACCCAAAGAAGCCGAUGAACAAAAAUGGCAUCAUAAGGUGAUUAAUAAAUGCUUUUGGUUUUUGGGUGUUAUGCGCAAUGCUACGCUAGUGAUAGUGUGUGCUGUUGCCAGCAUGUAUUUGGAGUCACAAGGAAAGCAUUAUUUCCGUUUGACUGGUAAUGUACCGGAAGGUUUACCCACCCCAGCUCUGCCACCAUUUUCAAUUGAAGGUCGACCAGGCAAUUCCACCUUGGGCAUAGAACCAAUACAAGGAGAAAGUUUCCUGGAUAUGAUAAAUAAUUUGGGUUAUGGUUUGAUAAUUGUGCCCAUGAUAGCAUUGUUGGAAAAUAUUUCAGUUUGUAAGGCAUUUGCUAAGGGAAAACCCAUUGAUGCUACUCAAGAACUCUUCGCUAUUGGUGUGGCUAAUGUGGCCAAUUCAUUUUUCCAAGGAUAUCGUGGUAAUAGUGGCUUGGCACGUUCGGCUGUUAAUAAUGCCAGUGGUGUAAGAACUCCUUUGGCCAAUUUGUACAUUGGUUUAGUGGUGAUGCUGGCUUUAAUGUACUUAACAAAGUAUUUCUAUUUUAUUCCUCUAACGGUUUUGGGCGCCAUUAUUAUUUCAGCCGUUAUAUUCCAACUGCAAUAUCAUGUCAUAAAACCAAUGUGGCGCAGUAAAAGAUCCGAUUUAAUACCUGGCGUAGUUGCCUUUAUAGCUUGUUUAGUCUUGCCUUUGGAAAUCGGUAUAUUAAUAGCCAUUGGCGUCAAUUUGCUGUUUAUACUUUAUCAUUCAGCUAGACCUAAGGUUUCAUUGGAAACAAUUGAGACUACGGAAGGCAUUAGGUUCCUUAAAUUAACACCUGAUCGUUGCUUGAUCUUUCCCUCAGUCGAAUUUGUGCGCAAUUUAAUUUUGAAAUCGGGUGCCAAAACAUCUUUACCCGUCGUCGUCGAUUGUACUUAUGUUUAUGGCGCUGACUACACCGCUGCCAAAGUAAUUUGUUCAAUGAUUCAAGAUUUUAAACUUCGUAAUCAGAAAAUAAUCUUCUUCAAUUUAAAACCGAGUGUUGUGCACAUUUUCGAGGGCUUAAAUUGUAAGCUGAGCUUGUGCUACAACGUCGAUUGUCUGAUGCAAGAGUUGAGAAAAGCCACAGGUGUAGCAGCGCCAGCUAUAACGACAAUGCAGCUAGCUAAUGAUAAUAAUAGUACGGCAAGUACUAUAACAUUAACAAAGUUUCAAAUAAACAAUUCUUAGUAGUCGUAGUAGUAGUUUUGAAUAAAAUAGGUUUUGAAAAGAAAUUGAUAUUUAACGACAUUUUAGUAAUAAAUUAUUUAAACAAAGUUGACUUUGAUUAGAAAUCAUGAUUUGUAAUA